GAGUUGUUCAACGUUCUACAACCACGUUCUGACUUCUGAACGAAAUUUUGAUACACCAUCAGAACCGAUCAGAAUGUUCUAUCAUAUUGCUUUAGAACACGAAAUUCUUUUGCAUCCUCUAUAUUUCGGACCACAAUUGAUGGCAACUGUGAGACAAAAACUUCCUACAGAAGUUGAAGGCACUUGCGUUGGAAACUAUGGAUUUGUCAUAGCAGUGACAACUAUUGACAGUAUUGGUGCUGGUUUCAUUCUGCCUGGGAGAGGUUUUGUCGGAUACCCUGUGAAAUACAAGGCAAUUGUCUUUCGACCAUUCAAAGGGCAGGUUUUUGAUGCAGUGGUAACCCAAGUGAAUAAGGUUGGGAUUUUUGCAGAUAUUGGACCUCUUUCAUGUUUUACUUCAAAAUAUAACAUUCCAUCUGACAUGAUAUUUGAUGCUAAUUCAAACCCACCUUGCUACAAAAAUCAGGAUUCAGAUGUCAUUCAACAGGACGACGAAAUCCGCAUAAAAAUUAUCGGUUUGAGAGUGGAUACCAACAAUAUUUUUGCUAUUGGAACACUGAAUUAUGACUACUUGGGUUUGGUCAGCUGAAUGAUUUUGCUCAUCCGUGUUUGUAUUGUCACUUAUUCGAAGGUUAACGUACGGAGUUGAAAUUAAACGAG